AUGAAAUUGGUAAUAUUUUUAGUGUUACUAAUCUGCCUAUCAAGUGCAGAUAACCCUGUUAAGAGGUAUUUGCAGGACUACAUUGGCUAUGCUGAUGCUACUGAUAUGUAUCCUGGUCUUGAUGGACCUCCUGAUAACUCCAAUUCCAACAAUAAAGAUGACUCUUGGGGCUACGAUCCUAAGUACGAUGAAAGUGAUGACUACCAUAAUGAUAAGUACGCUGAAGACGACAAGUAUAAUGACGGUGGCUAUAUUGGCCAUGAUAAGUACGAUAAUGGGUAUUCUGACGAUGACUAUAUGGGCUAUGAUAACAAUGGCUAUGAUGAUUAUGGAUAUGGCGGCUACGGCGAUGAUGGCUACGGUCCCUCUGAUGACCAUUAUGAAGAUUAUGGCAAUUACAACUACGGAGGUCACGAUGAUUAUGGAGAUUAUGGAUAUGGGCCUGAUGGAUAUGGUGGCCCAGAAGAUUUUGAAGCAAAUGGGUAUCCUAACGGAGGAUAUGAUGAUUAUGGAUCGGAUGACUAUGGACAUGACGGAUAUGGAUAUGACGGAUAUGGACAUGACGGAUAUGGACAUGACGGAUAUGGACCUGACAGCUACGGCCCUGACAGCUACGGCCCUGACAGCUACGGCCCUGACAGCUACGGCCCUGACAGCUACGGCCCUGACAGCUACGGCUCUGAUAGCUACGGCCCUGACGGGUAUGGACCAGGCGGAUAUGGGCCUGACGGAUAUGGGCCUGACGGAUAUGGGCCUGACGGAUAUGGGUCAGACGGAUACCCUGACAUGGGAGUAUACGAUAAUGGAUCAUAUCCAGGAAUGAACGGACCUUCAGACAUGGGAGGAUACGAUAAAUAUGGUCCGAGAAGUGAUAUGUAUGAUUAUGGAUAUGACCCAAGAGGUAGUCAAGGAGGUCCUUCUUAUGGCCCUCCAAAGCCAUCUCCAAAAGGCCCUCCCGGAUCAUCCCCAAAAGGGCCUUCAGGACCAUCUCAAAGAGGAUCUAAAAGCUCUUCUCCAAGAAGUCCUUCAAAAGCUCAAGGUAAAGGACUUUCAAAAGGAGUUUCAGGGGAAAUAAAAGCUAGAGGAAGUUCAAGAGCAAUGAAUGGAAAUUCGAGUAGAGGUGUGGGAGCAAGAGGUGGAAGUAGAGUCAGUACUAGGAGAAGAUAACCUUUAACAAGAAAUCUUUGAAGAACUAAUCUUAA